AUGAAAAAGAAUCAAUUUGGACUUUUGGAAGAUUUAACAGAGCCAGGACUAGUUAAAAAAAGUAACGAUGUUUCAUGGAAGAAUGAAGAUAUUUAUAAAUAAACCAAUUUUGAAAAAAAUACAACCUAUUUCCAUAUUAUGGGUCAUGAGGAGUCUCAUGCAGUCAGAAGAAGAGAAAUAUUGAAAAAACACCCAGAAAUAUAGGUUUUAUUUGGGAAUGACAUCAAUUCUGCUUGGUUAGGAAUCACCUUUGUUCUGGUGUAAUUCUUUUUCAUAAGUCUUUUCUCCUAAUUAAGUUGGUUUUGGUUUGUGAUAACUGCUUAUGUGUUUGGGGCAACCUUGAGUCAUGCUCUACAUGUUUUGGUCCACGAUUUUACCCAUUUCACCUGUUUUGAAAGUAUUCUCUUGAAUAAGUUGAUGGCAAUUUGGGCAAACUUCGGAUAGGGAGUACCCUCAGCCAUCACUUUUGGUAGAUAUCAUGCAGAUCAUCAUACCUUUCUGAACUUGGAAACCCUAGAUCCAGAUCUUCCAUCAAGAUUAGAGUUAAAGUAUAUUAAAGGACCAAUACUUAAAUUUUUGUUUGUGGCUUGUCUCCCCUUCUUUUAUGGCUUGAGGCCUGUUAUUGUAAGACCAUUAAAGCCAAACGCCUAUGAAGUAAUUAAUGUAGUCUCCGUCUUUUUUGUUGAUUAUUUGAUUGUCAACUAUAUUGGGGUACAAGGACUAAUUUGGCUUUUGCUCUCCACUUAUUUUGGUUUGAGUGUGCAUCCAUUUGCAGUUCAUUUGAUAGCAGAACAUUACGAGUUCGUUAAUAGAAUGGAAACAUAUGAUUAUAUUGGUUGGGCUAAUUUCUUUGUUCUGAAUAUUGGAUAUCAUACAGAACAUCAUGAUUUUCCCAUGAUUCCCUGGUCUAGAUUGCCUUUACUAAGAAAAAUGGUGCCAGAGUAUUAUGAGAAUUUGCCUUGCCAUACAAAUUAUGUGCAUACCUUAUUGGCUUACAUUUUUGAUGGAUAUAUGGGACCCUUCUCUAGAAUUGUUAGAUCUUCGCCUGUAUAUUUCAAAAAAUGA